AUGGCUGCAUCGUCAUGUCGCGAUCGUUUGAGGACGGAGGGCAGGCGAAGAGUUGAAGCCGAGUCUGCGGAUGCUCACACGCCUCUUCUGGACAACCAACGCGGCACACAGGCUGGCAACCGGACAAAAGACACCACCAUGACGAGACUGGGAACGUUGAGGGCAUACUAUCUCGGCACAGUAUGCUGUAUCGGAGGAUUCCUGUUCGGCUACGACUCCGGCAUCAUCGGUGGAGUCCUCACAUUAGCAUCCUUCCAGAACGACUACCGCUACGACAGUGACAGGAAGACCUUCGUGACUUCACUCGCUGUUGCGCUUCAGCAGCUGGGCGCCUUCGUUGCUUGCUUUGCCAUAUGGCCAAUCGCCUAUCGAUAUGGCAGACGCAGCGCAAUCGCGGUCUGCUCCCUGAUCUUCUGCAUUGGUGCCGUGAUACAGACUAUCAACACUCACUCUCGGCCGGCUUUCUAUGUGGCCCGUGUAAUUGCAGGUCUUGGUCUUGGUGGCAGUUCUGUGGUCGUGCCAAUGUUCAGCUCGGAGAUGACACCCAAGCAGCUGAGAGGACAGAUUGGCAGCUUCUACCAACUAAUGUUCACAUUUGGCAUAUUUACGAGCUACUGGGUUGGCUAUGGCGUCGCGCAGAACAUCUCAAAGGCAGAGACCAGGCAGUGGCAGAUACCGGUGGGACUACAGCUGAUGCCAGCAGCUUUGCUAGGCCUCGGCAUGCUGACGCUAAAAGAGUCGACCAGAUGGCUCACAAGUCGAGGCAGGCACGACGAGGCUUGGGAGUCGCUGAAGUGGAUCCGUGCUGAUGACAGCGAGGAGACGCAGGUCGAGAUGGAGAAUAUUCGAGCUGGCGUUGAGUAUGAGGCCCACGCCAAAGAAGGCUUCAAGUUUACAGGUGAGCUCUACAUCGUGGCAAGGGGUCUCUAUGCUGAUGUGCAACUAGAACUGGUGGACAAGCAUAACUUCAGGCGGACUGCCACAGCUGCAGCCGUCUUCACGGCACAGCAAGCCACUGGUGCAACGGCAUUUGCAUACUACGGACCACAAUACUUCAAGCUGCUCGUAGGCAGCAAAGGCAUCAACAAUCUCCUCCUAACCGCAAUCUUCGGUGCCGUCAAGGUCGCCGCUUGCGGUCUGUUCGUACUCUUCGUGGCCGAUAACAUCAAUCGCCGCACAGUCCUGAUAGGCGGCGCACUCUUCAUGGCCGCCUGCCAGAUUUCAACCUCUGCCAUGCUGAAAACACACCCACCACCAGAAAACGCAGACGUCACACCAGCCGGCAUCGCCACAAUCGCACUCAUCUACCUCUUCGUAAUCGCCUACAACUUCUCCUGGGGGCCCCUCCCAUGGCCAUACGUCGCGGAAAUCUUCCCAGCGAGAGUGCGCGAGCCAGGCAUCGGGGCCGGUGUGGCUUUCCAGUGGCUCUUCAACUUCGUCUUCUCCCUCACGACACCAUACAUGAUCGACAACAUGGGCUGGGGCACUUUCCUCCUCUGGGGCCUCUUCGACGCUGUCAUCGCUGGAUAUGCCUGGUUCGGCCUCAUCGAGACACGAGGAAAGACUUUGGAGGAGGUCUCUGGGCCUGCGGCUGGUGGAUAUGGGAGUGGCCCUGAUAGUAUUAACGAUGAUCGAGAAGUGGGAAAAGUCCCGCAGCUGUCUUUGCGAUAG